UUUCUCACUCUCAAAUUUGCUCUAAGAGACCAGGUGCUCUUUCUUCUUGUAAUCGGAAUCUGUGAAGUAGCUGCUCUCUCAAGCAGUACCUCUCGGUGGUCAGGCAGAUUUGCUGGCGACAAGAAAGUAUCUUUGCUCUCUCAAAUGGUUUCUAGGGUUAAGCAGAUUUGCUGGCUACUUAAAAAUCUACUGGCCGAAACUUUUUUGAGAGAUUGAUAGUUGUAGAAAUAGUAGUAGAAAAAGUGUUCGGUUAUUUUUGAGAGCUUGCAAAAAUUAUUGCGUGAACAGGCAGCUUCAUUAUCAGAAAAGUAGAUUCGCUGUUGAAGUGAAAGCCGAGGGCUAACAUCAGGGACCAGCUGUUGGUAUCGCCGUGUUACGUAAGGCCGCCGUGCUAAUCAAUUGCGGUGUUGAUAAAGGCGUAAUUUUUUCAGAUUACGAAUCUUUUCGUACAGGUUAAUGGAGAGUUGGCGUAUCAUACCCAACGCCGCCGCACAACAGGGACCAAUUGAUGACAGUGUUCUGUAUCUACAAUCCGAGCAUAGGUCCGGCGCAGUUUUCAAUGGCGUAGGUGCAGACCUUGAUGUUAGAAGAUGUGACAAAAAAUUCUUUCAGCCCCUACGUAAUUUGGAUCCAUGAGUGGCGCACUAUAUAGAUCAAGCAGGAUUUCGUGGUGUCCGAGUGGCUGGAUAUCUUACUGUAGACCAUGGACUCAUCACAGCUCUCGUCGAGCGCUGGAGACAGGAGACGCAUACCUUCCAUCUUCCAGUUAUGGGCGAGUCGACGAUAACUUUGCAAGAUGUAGAAGUGCUCUGGGGUCUACGCGUGGACGGGCGUCCAGUUACACUGCAUCACGUUAGGCGAACUGUACAAGAGCGCAAACAUCUAGUGAACGAGGUUUUAGGCUUUUGGCCGGAAGAUGCGAUGCUAAAAGGUGGCCGCCUGAAGAUGUCUUCUAUGUACAGACAGUUGACUACGCCAGUACCGCCUGAUGCUCCUGAUGAACUGGUACGACAGUAUGCUCGCAUGUACCUAUUGAUUUUAUUGGGUGGUCUACUAUUCGCGGAUGCAUGCGGGAAUGUUGUUAGUCUAAACUGGUUAGACUAUGUUCGAGAUUUGGAGGCGAUGGGGGAGUACAGUUGGGGGUCAGCGACUCUUGCUUGUUUAUACUCACGUUUGUGUCACGCUUGCCGUGCUUCUACUACUACCACAGGCGGUCCUUAUCUAUUACUCCAAAUAUGGGCAUGGGAGCGGAUUCCCAGCAUUCGACCGGAGAUGUAUCCAGCGCCUGAGAUCGGUGAAUUUCCGGUAGCUGGUAGAUGGGUGGCUGAACGUACAGGAGUUGAUCCUCCGGGUAGGCGCAGCAGCUACUAUCGUGAGCAUAUUGCAUUGCUCCGCAUGGAUGAGUUCAUAUGGAUGCCGUACAGUGACGAAAGAUUAGCUGCACUACCACGAUACUGUAGACACGGCGAGCGCAUUUGGCGUGCCAGAGUUCCCCUCGUAUUUUGGCACAUUAUUGAGUUUCACUGCCCAGAUCGGGUCAUGCGUCAGUUUGGACUAGUGCAAAACGUUCCCGAACCUGUUAACACAAAUCCGCAAGGGCUUCAUCAGUUCGAUUUGUCGGGCUAUCCUGGAAGGAAUUGGGCACAAUUCCAUAGCGCGUGGAUACAAUAUUGGAAUGCUCGCGCAAAUGCGGAGGUCACAGGUCAGCUUGCUGAUACAUUCAGGCCAUCAAAUGAUUAUCUCAAAUGGUAUCACGAGCACACUAUUCUAUAUAUUUCGAACCCUAGUGACCAGAAUCUGCAGAUGGGCCAAAUGCUUCAGGGAGUCUCUGGGCAAUUUGAAUAUCUGGUAUGCAUUUACUUGAGACUUCCGUCAUUGGGAACCAUUUUUGGAGCAUAGGUGCGUUAUAUAAUUGUUCCUAACAACUACGCGAUCAAUUUUUUGUUACAAACGGGUGCUAUGCAGCGUAUUGUUCAACAGACACAGAAUGUUAUCAAUAUUGAUAACAUAGGAGAAAGAGCACUUCCACGUCUCUGUACCAUCAUGGAUGGUGCAUAUGGUUCGAUGCAGUAUCUCAGACGGUUUGAUCGUAUGGUUGUAGGACAGUCCGAUCCAUUCGAUUCUGGGCAUCCUUCGACAUCAAAUGUCCCAUUCCAGACACCUGGUCGACGAGUUCCAUCUCAUACAGGCCCUUCGUCUAGUCGUGGUAGACAGAGGAGGCAUGAUCAGCACGAUGGACCGACCGUUGUUGAACCUAGCGUUCAAGUCACGGGAAUGGAUACUGGUCAUCCGCACACGCCUCCGGUUCAGCAAUUCACCGCAUUCGCACCUUCACCAGUGCCGGGAGUAGAUCGGGGGAUGGCUGCACGGCAUCAUGUAUCUGGGGACAUGUUUAUUCCACAGCCAGCGUCGAUGACCAUUGGUGCACAAGCAACACCGUCGUAACAAUUUCCUCCAUUUGCUGUACCACCGACGCCAGUUGCUGGCAUGUAUGGAUUUGAUCCACGAUUUCCUUCUUCAUCACAAUUACCUCCGUAUGAGCAUGUCCCCAUGACAGGAGACUUUUCUUCCCAUGCGGCAUUACAUCCUAUAUUCACUCUUCUCAGUGGAACGGGAGGCACUUCUUCAUCGUUGGAGCUUCCAGAUUAUUACAGUCUCGGACAGCCAUCGGUCUUCCCGUCUACCAAUCAGCGGAGUUAUGCAUCCGAUCAUGUAUCGACAGGAGAUUUUGUCACCUAUCGUUCCACGAACGAUUCUGAGAGCAGCGAUACUUCCGAUGCGUUAGAGACGGAUGACGUUGACCCUGAUAGUGGUUCCAGGGAUGAUCCGUCGGCUCGUGAUUAUUCCAAUCAUCCUGGUGUCGUUAUUGGCGAGCGUCAGAGACGACGACCGAAGAGAUUUUGCUGCCCUUCUACAACGCCGAAAAAUGUUGGUAAGGGUAAGGGGAAGAGCAAAGGCAACAGGCGCCCUAAGCAUUGAUCACGUGUAAAUAAUGACUAUGUUAGGUAGUUAUCUAAUGAAUGUUACUUUCCUUAACUUUAAAUUUCAUCUAGUUUAAUUUUA